AUGCGAACAGUGGGGCUGCUCCUCAUCUUAAUGACAUCAGUGGAUCUGAGCAUCAGCCAGAGUUACAGCCAGUUCCAGUGGCUGGCUCACCUUCGAGGGCGGUGGUGGAAUCCUGGCUGGGGGGCUCAGGAUGUGGACUGCCCCUUAGAAUGCAACUGUCCCUCAGCCUAUCCAACAGCUAUGUACUGUCACAACCGCAGGCUCCAGCACGUCCCCUACGUCCCCUCACGCAUAAAAUAUGUCUACCUGCAGAGCAACCAGAUCACCGGUAUCCGAGAUGGGGUGUUUGACAACGCUACUGACUUGAUCUGGGUGGUACUGAAUCAGAACAAGUUGAACUCAGAAAACAUUGGCAAGAAUGUCUUCAGCAAGCUCAAGAAGUUGAAACGGCUCUACUUGGAUCAGAAUGAGCUUACGCGUGUGCCUUCUAACCUGCCAAAAUCGGUCACAGAUCUCCAACUUAGUCACAACAAGAUCUCAAAAGUCUUUUCCAGCUCAUUUGAGGGGAUGACCAACCUCACCAAACUUGAGCUCCAAGCCAAUGACAUGGAGGAUGUAGGUGUGCUCAAGGGACUGACAUCUCUGCGUGUGCUGGAUCUGAGUCAAAAUAAACUCAGGAAAAUCCCAGACAACCUUCCAGAGAGACUAGAACAGCUUUACCUUGGGUUUAACUAUAUUGAAAGUGUACCAGCGGACUUUUUCACCAUGUUUCCAAAACUGCAGUUUGUCAGGUUGGCUCAUAACAAGCUGACUGAUAGAGGACUUCCAUCCGGCGUCUUCAACAUCAGCACAUUAGUUGAGCUUGACCUUUCCCACAAUAAACUGGAGAAGAUUCCGAUUGUCAAUAGAAACCUGGAGAAUCUUUAUUUGCAAGCCAAUAAGAUCAAAGAGUUCUCCUUGAGCAGUUUCUGCAGUGUGAUAGACAUGGACAACUUUUCAAAUCUGAGAAUGCUGCGCUUGGAUGCCAACGGGAUCCUUGUCAAAGACAUUCCUGUAGAAUGGGUCUACUGUUUGUGCCACAUGUCCUUUAUCCAUGUAUAA